UUUAAACGGUGAUUAGCGUGGUCUCUUUGCUACAAUGUCGAGGUCUGAAUUGAAAGAAAGCUACAAGGUUCAGGCCAAGUACGACGCCUUCUAUACUGGGCGAUUUGUUGAGGUAAUGGCCGGAAAAGGUGGUUACCUCUACUGCCACGGUUCCAGUGUCAAGGUGCUCAACGUCGAAGAUGGCAAAGUGUCGAAGUCCUUUGACUUGGGUGACGACGAGGAUGUGACAACCUUUACCGUAAGCCAAGAUGAAACCACGCUGGCAGUGAGUGGAAGGAGUGGGCUGCUUCGCCAAUGGGACCUAGAAGCGGACGUCCUGACCAGGACCUGGAAGUCCUUUCACCAAGGCCCCAUAUCAUGCAUGGUCUUCGACUCAACGAGCACGCUCCUUGCGAGCGGCGGAUGCGACUCCACAGUCAAGGUGUGGGACAUCAUCCGGCAGUACUGCACGCACCACCUACGAGGAGCACAGGGUGUUUUCAGCGUCGUUCGAUUCCACCCUGAUGCUCAAGUGGGCCGGCUGUUUGGAGCAGCUGACGACUAUCACAUUCAUGUCUGGGACUUGUCCAAAAGCACUCUCGUGGGCUCCCUCGAGGGUCAUUUCUCAGUUGUCACCGACCUGCAGUUUCUAGAAGGAGGAAGUAGACUGCUCAGCUCAAGCAGAGACAAGGUUGUUAUUCUGUGGGACACGAUCAAGCUGUCGUCGCUGAAAACUAUACCAGUCUACGAGUCUGUCGAGUCUUUGAUCAUUGUGCCCGACUCUUCCCCAGUGAAGUUCAUCACAGCCGGAGAGAAAGGUUUACUACGGACAUGGAACUUGGACACUGGUGUCUGUGCACAGGAACAGGACAAGGGGCCAUCUGACGAGGAAGCUAUCACUCGAUUGCUGCUCUGUCCAGAGCGCAAUGCCCUAGCUGUUGUUACCUAUGAUCAUAACAUCACAUUGCGGUCCCUGAGCAGUUUCGAUGUUGAGAGGCAGUUUGUUGGACACAAUGACGAGAUUCUUGACAUUCGGUUUCUGGGACGAGAGGAAUGUUUCCUGGCAGUGGCUACAAACAGCCCCCUUGUACGGAUAUUCGAGAGGGAGACAUUCAACUGUAAGCUCUUGAAAGGCCAUACAGACACUGUGGUGGCUUUGGACACAUUCGCGUCUGAUCCCACUCUGCUGGCCACAGUCUCCAAGGACAACACAGUGAAGUUGUGGAGGCAGCAAGAUGACGGCUACAUCGAGUGUCUCUUCACGGGAAAAGGGCACACUCAGGGGAUUGGAGCUGUUGCAUGCUCUCAUCUUUCAGCCUCCUUCCUGGUGACAGGGUCCCAGGACACUACCCUAAAGCUGUGGACUGUGCCGGAACGGCCACGGGUGAUAGCAAUAGUGGACCCUUGUGCUGGUGCACCGAUGACUUCCAAGCUCACGGUUGCUGCACACGAGAAAGACAUCAAUGGCUUGGCUGUCGCACCUAAUGACCAACUGAUCGCCUCAGCAUCCCAAGACAAGACUGCAAAGUUGUGGAAUGCAGCCGACCUUAGCCUUCUGGGCACAUUCCGUGGACACCGGAGGGGUGUAUGGUGUGCCAGCUUCUCUCCUGUUGACCAGGUGCUGGCCACUUCGUCUGCUGACACAACUAUCAAGCUUUGGUCUAUAUCUGACUUCUCUUGUGUCAAGACAUUUGAAGGUCACGAGUGUUCAGUGCUAAAAGUGGUCUUCUUGGCUCAUGGAAUGCAGCUUCUUUCGAGUGGUGCCGAUGGCAACUUGAAGCUGUGGAAUGUGAAUGCCAACGAGUGUGUACAGACGUUGGACGAACACGAGGACAAGGUUUGGGCACUCGCCGUCAGCUCUGAUGAAUCUCUACUCAUUACUGGUGGAGCUGACUCCACCAUAUUGGUCUGGAAGGAUUGCACAUCGGAAGAGAGACAGGAAGCACUGGCAAAGCAGGAGGAGCUGAUACUACAAGAGCAGCAGCUUAGCAACUUAUUGAAGGAAAAGAAGUGGACCAAGGCCCUACAGCUCGCACUGAGGCUUGAGCAUCCGUUCAGGGCACUAAACAUCAUCAAAGAAAUACUCUUGGAGGAUGAAAGUGACGAGAAGCUGACAAAAGCCUUGUCUCCACUGAGAGAAGACCAAAUAGACCUUCUACUCAAGUUUGCCUCCACCUGGAACACAAACAGCAAGCACAGUGCAGCGGCGCAGGCAGUUCUCAAUGUCGUGCUCAAGUCGUACUCUCCGAAGCGCCUGCUGGGAUUGCCCAACAGCCGUGCCACCAUUGAAGCUUUCAUACCUUACACAGAGCGGCACUUUCAGCGCAUCAGUAGGCUGAAGCAGCAGGCGAUGUUCUUGGAUUACCUGUGGUGCAACAUGAAGAUGGCGGGCCUCAGCACAGGAGAGCCGAGGCCUGAAUAAGGCAUACAUGAACUGUUCAGCACAGCCACCGUAUGUUAUGUACUGUUAUAAAUAAAAUGUAUAUUUUACGAUUCCGUCACAAGGG